AUGUGCACCGCAGUCCCGCACAAGGUCCUUUUGCAAAGCGACGAUAUAGUACCGACGAUUCUCAACCACAUCGCGGACGACUUGACCACAUUGUUCUUAGAAGGCCUGCAGCAUGGUGACUACAAGUACCACUUGGCCUUGGUGGGCUGCAAAGGAGAUUUCGAGUGGCACCAUGAAGCAGCGGUUUUCUCCAGGUGCUAUGCUCAUGUGGGCAGCAAGAACGACAACGAAAUGUGCCCUUUCUGCCUAGCAGGGGGCCCCAACUAUCCAUUCACUGACGUUGGCGACAGUCCAGCUUGGGCCACGACGCUUGAUGCAUCGCUACCGUGGUCACAAACGCCUCCAUUGAAUCGGGUGCCGUUUUCGACGUCUCGGCCAGCUUCUCUUUACAGAUGUGAUCCGUUUCAUAUAUUGAAAUUCGGAUUUUUCAAAGACCUUGCUGCCUGCAUUCUUCUGGAGCUAUGCUGGCUGGGGCUUUUCGAUUUUUCUGUUCCUGGGGAAUUGAAAAACAUCACGGAUCGCCUGCAACGAGCACAUGCCCUUUUCCGACUUUGGUGCCUCGCCGAGAAGAAAAGCCCAACGAUUCGCAAGUUUUCCUUGAGUGUGCUGCACAGGAAGCGGGCCUCCAGGCACCCAUUCCUGGGUGGAAAAGGAGCAGACUCGGUACUGGUGCUCAUGUUCCUGGGUUUUUACAUCCGGCUCCGGAAGCCCGAAAUCUCCGUCCCAGAUACCCAGAGGCUACUUUCUGCUAUGCUGCAAACGAUCGACGGAGGGCUCACCUUCACUGGUAUGUUGCAAAGCCACAACAUUUUUAUGUCUGCUUACUGUGGUCGCUUGAUGCAUCAGUCGGGCCUUCGAGUACUUCGUGGCUACACUUUCCUUGCCGCUCGGAGUAUCCAACAAGGAACUCACCUUUAUGCGCUCAGACCCAAGUUGCACUACUGCCAUCAUCUGUUAAUCGAUUUGGAGCGACAGAUCAAUGGCAACCAGAGCCACGAUGGCAACCAGGGCCACGAUGGCAACCAGAGUCCCGUACUGAAUCCGGGGCUCUGGAACUGUGAAAGCAAUGAAGAUUGGAUUGGAAAGGUAUCACGCCUUUCCAGAAAAGUGAGUCCCCGCUUAAUAUCCCUCAGAACGAUACAACGUUAUCUCGUAGCUAUUCGUCUCACCCUCAAAAAGCAUGGACUCUGA